GUUGCCACGCGUAAGACACGCCAACAAAAACCUCAGGGGGUCAAAGAACCUGUCCAUGGUCUCCUCGCUCACUCCCUCGCUCUCUCUGUCUCUCUCUCUCUCUCUAGCGGAUUCAGUGGAAAGUCUCAAAAAUCAAUCAGCUCCGUCGUCUAUAAUGUAGCCAGAUUCCGGCGGAACUCGCCGUUUCCCCUCCCUCACUUUUAUCGAUUACAGCCUUCUCUCUUCAUCUUUCUUCUCUUCGGAAACCCACUUAAAGGAGCUUCCGUUACAGUUUCAUGGCUCUUCUACUUCUUCCUAAUACGACUUAACUCGUCUUCUUAAUACCACUAAUGAGCACUCUGCUUCCUCCGCUGUUGUUCUUCUUCUUCCUCCUCCUAUUCCUUCUCACUAGCUCCGCUUUCCUUACCCUAAACGACGACGUCCUCGGCCUCCUCGUCUUUAAGGCAUACCUCAAAGACCCCAACAAAAAGCUCGAAUCUUGGAACGAAGACGACGAGAACACCUGCAACUGGCUCGGAGUCAAGUGCGACACAAACACAAACAGAACCGUUGAGCUCGCCCUUGAUGGCUUCUCCCUUUCUGGCAAGCUCGACCGUGGUCUUCUCCAGCUUCAAUCACUUCAAACUCUGUCCCUUUCACGCAAUAACUUCUCCGGCGAGCUCAAUGCUGACCUUCUACAGCUUAAGAGCCUCCGCAGUGUUGAUCUCAGCCAUAACAGUCUCUCUGGUUCUAUCCCCGAUGAGUUCUUCGAACAAUGCCGAUAUUUGAGAUUCCUCUCGUUAGCAAGCAACAAGCUUUAUGGCGAGAUACCAAGCAAUGUCGAUUCUUGUUCCACUCUUGGUGCGCUCAACCUCUCCUCGAAUCUGCUUUCCGGUUCUUUACCCAAAAAAAUGUGGUCUUUGAAUGCUCUCCGGUCUCUCGACCUCUCUCACAACUCUCUUACAGGGGAGAUUCCGGCGGGUGUUAGCCUUAUGUUUAAUCUCCGGUCGUUGAGCUUGCGAAGAAACCAACUUUCAGGGAAGUUGCCUGAGGAUUUUGGGUUUUGUUUUCUUCUGAAAUCAAUCGACGUCGGAGAAAAUCUGCUGUCUGGUAAUCUUCCAAGCUCAUUGCAGAAACUCUCAUUGUGCAGCUUUUUAUUAUUAGACACCAAUUCUUUCACCGGGGAACUUCCAACUUGGGUUGGAGAGAUGAAGUCUCUUCAGGUUUUGGAUUUGUCAAAUAAUCAGUUCUCAGGCUGGCUUCCUGAUUCCAUAGGUGAUCUGCAAGCUUUGGAAAAGCUGAACUUUUCUAAAAAUGAGUUCACCGGCAGCGUACCGGAAUCAAUGGCCGACAGCAAAAGCCUUUUGGAUGUUGAUCUUAGUCAAAAUCUGCUCACUGGCAAUGUCCCCUCAUGGUUUUUCGAACUGAAAUUAAGAAAGAUUGUGAUUUCUGAGAAUAGAAUGAGCGGAACGAUAAGGAUUCCAACAAUGAAUUCUUCAAGCCUUGUUGUGAUAGAUCUAUCAAGCAAUUCUUUCUCUGGAAAUUUUCCAAUAGAAAUCUCAGCCAUACAUAGCUUGCAGUUGCUAAACUUGUCCUUCAAUAAAAUUUCAGGCUUUAUACCAACAAAUUUGGGAGAAAUGAAGUCCAUUGAAGUCCUUGAUCUCAGUGGGAAUCUGCUUGGUGGGAUCAUUCCACCAGAAAUUGGUGGCUGUGCUUCUUUAACCUCCCUGAAUCUUUCACAGAAUAAUCUCACAGGUUCAAUUCCCUCAUCCAUGAAUAACCUCACGAAUCUCCAACAUGUAGAUCUUUCCUCAAACAAACUUAAUGGAACACUACCCAAUCAACUUGGAGACCUUCCUCACCUCCUUUCCUUCAACAUCUCACACAACAAUUUCUCCGGUGAACUUCCUAUCGGAAACUUCUUCAACACAAUCUCUCCUUCCUCUCUCUCACACAAUCCCAAUCUAUGCGGCGGCAUUGUUAACCGUUCCUGCCGUUCUGUUCUCCCAAAACCUAUCGUCUUCAACCCUAAUUCAUGGUUCUCAAAACCUUCCACUUCCCCUGCUCUCCCCACUCAUCACAAGAAGAUCAUCCUUAGCAUCUCUGCACUCUUGGCCAUUGCUGCUGCUGCCAUUAUCGCACUAGGUGUCAUCACCAUUAGCAUCCUCAACCUUCGAGUUCAAGCUUCCGUCGCCAUUUCCGCCGCCGCUCCGCAGCCAUCCGACGACUUUAUCAGCCAAUCCCCAACUACUGACACCGAUUCAGGGAAGUUAGUCAUGUUCUCGGGAGAAGAACCAGAGUUCAGUCCUGCUGCUCAUCUUCUCUUUAACAACGAUUGCGAGCUCGGCCGAGGAGGUUUCGGGGCAGUUUACAAGGCCGUGCUCCAAGACGGUCGUCCCGUCGCCAUUAAAAAGCUUACCGUUUCGAGCCUCGUAAAAUCCCAAGACGAAUUCGAGCGGGAAGCGAAGAACUUGGGGAAGAUCCAACAUCCAAAUCUUGUAAAACUCGAAGGCUAUUACUGGACUCCUUCACUGCAACUCCUCAUAUACGAGCAUGUAACUCAUGGAAACUUGUACGACCACCUCCAUGAAAGCUCGGAAUCCAACCCUCUCUCAUGGCGACAAAGAUUCAACAUCAUUUCCGGAAUUGCAGAGAGUUUGGCUUAUCUUCACAAGCAUGGUGUGAUUCACUACAAUCUGAAAUCCACCAACGUUCUGCUCGACAGCUGCGGGGAUCCGAAAGUUGCAGACUACGGAUUAGCGAAAAUGUUGCCGAUGCUCGAUCGGUUUGUGCUGAGCAGUAAGAUUGGAUACAUGGCUCCAGAAUUUGGUUGCAGGUCAGUGAGGAUAACAGAGAAGAGUGAUGUGUAUGGAUUUGGAGUGCUGGUGCUUGAGAUAGUUACGGGAAGGAGGCCAUUGGAGUACAUGGAAGAUGAUGUGGUGGUUCUCUGUGACAUUGUUAGGGUGGCGAUGGAGGAGGGUGGUGUAGAGGAGUACGUGGAUGGGAGGCUUCGUGGAAAUUUUCCGGAGGAGGAGAGUGCGCCGGUGAUCAAGCUUGGGUUGAUUUGUACUUCGCGGGUGCCGUCUAGCCGGCCGGAUAUGGCGGAGGUAGUUGACAUGCUUCAGCUGAUAAGGUGCGGUCAAGGUAGUAGGAGAAGAGAGGAGGAGUUGUGUUGAGAGGAUUUAGAGAUUAUGUCCCUGUUUUUCUUUUCUUUUUUUUUGUUGUAUAUUAUUUUUUUAUGCUUCAAUUUCUAUUCUUGUUUCAAUUAUUGCUUUAUAGCGCAAUUAAUGUUGAUAUAGUGAUUA